CACCUCUUGGUUAACAACACAAUGUUUACCUUAGGAGGAGAGUAGUAACCCUGAGAGGAAUAGUUAUAGCCAUCUACUAUGGUGUUCUCGUCGUAAAUAAUCACCGUAUGGAUGGAAAAUUGUAGCUGUUAAACUAUUAAUAAAGUAGUUCUUGAUUCUGUGGAAGCUCCUUUGGCUGAGAACUAAACACCUGUAUUGUGGGAGGUGGAAAAAUAUUGAAUCCAUCAUGGAAACCCAAGUGAUAGAAAGGCAUCCUUCAUGGCAGACUGAAGGCACAAGUGGUGACAAUACAAGUGGUGACAGUAACUUACAGGCAGUUGCUGAUGAUCCUGUAUCAGAUGAAGGACAUGUCUCUGGUCCUGACAUGGAGAACACAAUGCCUGUGAUGUCUUCCUCCUCCUCCUCAAGCAUCCUCCACAGUCUGUUGAGUGGAGACAAUAAGACCGUGACAGGCGACAGUAGUACUCGCUCUAUAGCUCAGGACCUACAAGACCAGGACGAUGAACUUAGAGCUCUCGGGAUCUCGGUGGUUGAUCAGCUGUCUCUGGAACGUGAUGUUGAAGCUGCAGUUGACAAAGCAGUAGCCAAGCACACACGCAAACAGCGACUACAGAUUCUGAAGAAGGAAAUCAAAGACAUCAAGACCAACAUCAAACAGGGAGAGAACAAGUUAAAUGACCUAAAGAACAGGCUGUCAGGAAUGCGGCAGCGAGUGGUCGACCCCCGGAUGGCCAUUGGUGUUGAGGUGGAAGUUCGGGAUAAAACUCAGCAACUUAAAACCCUCACGACACGAGAGAGAAUCCUACAGCAGAAACUCGAGUCGGCUGAAGUGAACGAGGCAGAGCUUGACAAUUUGGACCUGGAGGAUGGAGAGAUUCUGGACGACGAGAGCGAGGACGGUGAAAGGGAUCAAAAUGUACCCAAAUUGUCGGAGAAUGAAAGAGACAGACUCAUUCGUAAUGGUCAGAUGACGCCCUUUGGAACAGCUAUGACCUCCACGGCCAGCAGGACGGUAUCUGUGCGGCCGACUCACAGACCACUGGAGAAGCGGCCGGUGGUUGGAGCUGUGCAGGAGCAGUCAAUCAAAAAAAGACCAACUAGAGCAGAAAUGAUCAGUUCUGGAGACAUGACUCCAUUUGGCUCAGUUGUCAAGAUGGCUGAGAGCAGCUCUACAACAACCAUCAGAUCAUCAGACAAACCUCAGGGAGUUUUUAGUGACUUUGAAAAAUACCUCAAGGAUCAGAUCGAUCGACAGAAGCAACACAGCGAAGUUAAUAAGGGAAUCAAGCGCAAGAAAACGUCAGGAGACCCAACGUAUGGUAUAGCAAGGAAGAGAAAAAGAAAAAUCAAAGAAUAUGUCAGUGAGUUUGAUGACGUGGGGAAUGAUGAUGAUACAUCGCUCUCAUCGAUAAAAUCACAAGUCAAGGCAGGAUUAGAGGCAAAGAUGGACAAAACUCAGGAUGCUGAAGGAGGGAAGAAAAAAUCAAGAAAAGAUCCACUAAAGGUGAGAAUAUUACAUCCCAAGAAGAAGAAGAAGACGGAAACGGUGUCUGGGAGCGUCACCAGCCACCGUGAAGCUGACCAGUAUAAAGAGACGCCUCGUAGGAUCUUAUCUGAGAGAGUUUGUUUUCAAGGGAGCGACUCUGAAGACUUCGAUGCUGGAAGUGGGUCUGAAUAUGUGCCGUCAGAUCCUGAUGAUGUUGAUGAUCUUGACGAUGAAGUUUGUGAUGACUCUAAUGACGAAAAUGCCAACUCCAAGGCGUUGAAAGGUAAUCGCGUGGAGAAGAUGGAUAAAGCUGUGAAAAGGCAAAGAAAGAAGAAAGAUAAGCUCGAAGAAGAUAAUUGGUCAGACGAUGAUGUGACGAAAAGUAAAGGACGAAAGUCUUUAAAGUCCAGAGACGAUGGAAAUAUAGAUGACUAUGUUAAAAGGAUUGAAAAUUGGAAGGAAGAAAGACUUAAGAGGAAACAGAGGAAGAUAAUAGAAGGGGAAGAUUUAGACUCGGAGGAGGAAGAGGAAGAAGGAUAUGAAGAAUUUGACGGAGGUUUCAAAAUUCCUCUAGUAAUCUGGAACAAGUUGUACAAGUAUCAGCGGACUUGUGUCAAGUGGCUGUGGGAACUUCACAGUCAGGGAUGUGGCGGGAUCCUCGGCGAUGAGAUGGGACUGGGAAAGACAAUUAUGAUAAUAUCCUUUUUAGUGGGGCUGUCGUAUUCUCGUCUGAGCAGUCGUCGGCAGCCGUGGAAGGGUCUGGGGCCCGUGUUGAUCGUGUGCCCAGCGACAGUCCUGCACCAGUGGGUGAAGGAGUUCCACAAGUGGUGGCCACCGUUCAGAAUUGCUGUCCUGCACGAGUCUGGCACUUUUACUGGGAAAAGACCUGCUCUUAUCCAUAAUAUUAAUAAGUACUGCGGCAUCCUAGUCACCUCAUACACAGGAGCGCGCGACCAGUUUGAGACACUGCGUCAGUAUGAUUGGCAUUACAUCAUUCUUGACGAGGGACACAAGAUUCGUAACCCUCAAGCACAAAUUACUCUCGCACUCAAGAGGUUUCAGAGCCCACAUAGACUGAUCCUCUCUGGUUCACCAAUCCAGAACAGCCUGAAGGAGCUGUGGUCGCUGUUUGACUUUGUGUUUCCUGGUAAACUGGGAACACUGCCGGUCUUCUUGCAGCAGUUUGCCGUGCCCAUCACUCAAGGGGGAUAUGCCAAUGCUUCCAAAUUAGAGGUACAGACUGCAUUCAAGUGUGCCUCUGUGCUCCGUGACACCAUCAACCCUUUCCUACUACGCAGAAUGAAAAAUGAUGUGAGGAAUCAUCUUAAUUUACCUGAUAAAAAUGAACAGGUGCUGUUCUGUGGGCUAACUGAAGACCAGAGGAAAGUUUACAGGGAUUAUAUUGAAGGAGACCAAGUGAAGUGGAUCAUGGGUGGUCGGAUGAAGGUUUUUGUUGGACUAAUUAAUCUUCGUAAGAUUUGUAACCAUCCGGACCUGUACACAGGCGGACCAAAUACUGAUAAUGGUGACUGGAAUUCUGGCCUUCAGCCAGAGUUGAAGUAUGGGUGGUGGAGUCGGUCUGGCAAGAUGCACGUGUUGCACGCCAUCCUGCAUCUGUGGUCACGUCAGGGUCAUCGCGUCUUACUCUUCACUCAGUCCCGUCAAAUGAUGUGUAUCCUCGAGAAAUUCCUCGUGGAGGAGCACUACACCUAUCUGAAGAUGGAUGGAACCACAGCGGUGUCCUCUCGUCAACCUUUAAUCGAGAAAUUCAACAACGAUACAUCCUGUUUUGUGUUUCUCCUGACAACCCGUGUGGGUGGGCUUGGAAUCAACCUCACUGGAGCGGAUCGAGUCGUUAUAUUUGAUCCGGACUGGAACCCUUCAACAGACUCUCAAGCCAGGGAACGAGCUUGGAGGAUUGGACAGCUGCGUCAUGUCACUAUAUACAGGUUACUGACAUCUGGUACUAUUGAGGAGAAGAUCUACCACCGACAAAUAUUUAAGCAGUUCUUAACCAAUCGUGUUCUGAAGGACCCCAAGCAACAGCGGUUCUUUAAGACGAAUGACCUUUAUGAACUUUUCUCGUUAAAUGAGGGUGACAAGGAGAAAUCAGAAUCUUCUGCGAUAUUUGCUGGCACAGAGUCGGAGAUCACCGUACAGGUUAAAGGUAAAACUAAAGAUGAUAACAGAUGGGCUCAAGUACCCAGCAAACCUUCUACAAGUCAACAGAAAAUUGAAGCCAGAACUGGGGGAGAGUCUUCAAAAAAGCAUCAAGAUAUUAAAACUUCAAUGUCGAAAGAAAGAAAGAAAAUUAAGAAAUCAGAAGAUAUAUCAAGUGAGAAAAAGGAAGAAGAUAAUGAUGUUUUAAAGGAUAACAGCAAGAUGGAGCGAAUGAGAGAACUUGCUCGACGUUUGAGCCAGAAAAUUGGAGUUAAAUGUCCAUCUAAAGAUGAACCCAAGAAAACACUGGAAGUAAAGAAAACUAGUGAAAAAGUCAAAGUAGAAGAUGACAGUGAAAGUAAUGAAAAUAGUGGUACUGAUAAAAUAGAGGCAGUUAUAGAAGUAAAACAAGAAAAUCCAUUAGUGAUAAAGGAAGAACAAGAUGAAGGAGAAGAGGAGGUACCACUCCACACACAAGAUCCACCUCAGGUUGAUGCAGGUCAUACAGAAGACAGUGCUAUUAAAUGUGAGGGGAAGGAAAGUGAGGACUUGGACAUUGUGCAAGAGAAUCCAAAUGAUGGUGAGAUUAAAGCUAGUGAGGCAGUUGAGGGUAAGAUACAUCAACCCACAAAUAAAGUUGAGCUGUCAGUGUCAGAUGAGUCUAAGAAACAUAAAAGGAAGCAUAAGAAAAAAGAUAAACACAGAGAGAAAGAGAGGACGAAUAAAUCUAAAAGGAAGGGUCGUAAGUUUGAAGGAGAACGCAUAGAGUUUUUGGUGAAGAAGAGGAACUACCGUAAAACAGAGGAAGAAGAAGAGGCAGAAAAGGAAACUGCAAAAUCCCAGGAUCAAUAUGUGUUAGAGAAGCUAUUCCAGAAGUCAGGAGUCCACACAGCACUAAGUCAUGAUGCCAUCAUGAGUAACAGUGAUCCUGACUAUUUGCUCAUGGAGGGAGAGGCAGAGAGAGUGGCCAAGGAAGCAGUGAAGGCCGUGAGGGCGUCUCGUGCACAGUGCUUCAGACCUCGACUCUCGGAUGGGUCAUCGGGAUCGAACAAGCGUAAAACCAUAUUUGGCAGCAAGAAAAAUAAGUUGUUUGAUGACACAACUGAGAAGUCUAAUAGCAAGGUGAAGGAAACCAAGAAAAAGGAUAUUAAACCACGUAUGUUCAACGGAGGUAUUGAAGAGGACGAUGACAGUCCUCCCAAUGCAAAUGAAGGAAAGGACUUCAUAUCCUUUGGUAAAAGUAUAUUUGGCAGCUCAGGGUCAAGUAGUAGUUUGCUCUCUUCGUCACAACUUCUGUCCCGCAUGCGUGAGAGAAACAAGGGCAUUACCGAGGACUGUGAAAAUGAAGAUAGUGAUGAUUAUGACCCGGAUUAUCCUUCGACGGCCGCAAUUGAAACGGAAGACGUUGAACCGGAGGUACAGGAUAACAUAGACUUGUUGGCCGAUAUUCGUAAUUUUGUAGCAUUUCAAGCCAAGGUUGAUGGACGAGCCUCAACGCAGGAAGUUAUAGAAAGAUUUCGAGAUCGUUUACCCUCAGAACAAACUUCAUUUUUCAAGGCUCUGUUGACGCAAAUAUGUGAUUUUCACAGAGAGACAAAUGGAAAAGGAAUGUGGUCACUUAAAGGAGAUUUUAGAUAGUCACGUUAACCUGGAUAUGAUAUGGUAUAGAAAUAAUCAGGUAAUUGCUGGUUAGUUAAUUUAUUCUUUAUUCUUCCCUUAGUCAAUCCUAAAGGUUAGGUAAGGUAAGGUUGGUUUCUGGUAUCUACCUCAGUCAUCUUCCUUUCUUGACCUUCUAUGAUCUUGGCCAGAUGCUUUUUUCUGUACAUUUCUCACUCUACCACCUCCCUCUUACACGCUCCUCGCAUUGGCUCUCAUAUACUCCUCCAAAGUCUGUACUGUACUGUAUUAUACUGUACUGUACCGUAUUAGACUGUACUGUACUAUACUGUACUGUAGUGUACUGAAUUAUACUGUAC